AGUACAAACUCCAUCUAAAUGUCCAAGAGAACAUUCAGCAACAACACAUUACGUUAAGGUUCGCAUGGGAUUCAGGUUAAGCACACGACAUUAUUUUUAGAAAUACUUUCCUUCCGUCACUUCCUGCUUUGCGGACAAAUCCAGAAAAGCUUUAGUAACAUAUUUCUCUUGCCUCUUCGUCAUAAAAUACCGCCAGGACCGUUUUCGUGAUACUACUCUAUUUCCAGGGAUUUACGCUGGGCGCUUGCUCUGUCUUUUAAAUCAGUGUGGAACGAUUUGUUACUGCCUUUCUGGAAAUGUCAGUUCUAAAGCUUUUGUUGUUAGAAUGGUCAGCUAAAUCAGUUUGUAAAUUCUUCUUACUUUCAUUAUUUAGUUAUGUUUGAUUGUUAUUUAUAUCUUUUUAUCUUUCUAUUGUUUAUUCUUCUUUUGAAUUUUACCUUAACUUGCUUUUUAAGAACCGUAGAUGCAGUUUGUCACAAGACAUAUUUCGGUAACCAUAGAGGUCAUGAGUUCACACGACGAUAGUGUUAUGCGUCAUAAAUCACUUAAAACCGUCAGCUUUCCGACGUGAGACAGAAAAAGCGUCAAAUGUUGACGUCACAGAAUAUUAACGUAAGAAACUGCAGCAUGAGAGUUGGUACGUAGAAAAAACGGAAGACAUUGUAGUGUGGAGCGAUGCGACAUUGCUAUCGAGACUUGUAAUCGACAGAAUGUUGUUGUUUCUUUUCUUUCCAUUUUCUGUCUUGGGCCAACUCAAAGAUCCUACGAACAGAGCCGAGUAUGUUCUCUUUCUACAAAAAGAAUACGAUGCCGCCGAACGUUGGAAUUAUCCGUACAUAGCAGCGAGCAAAGUCGAAAAGGGAAUCCAUGAAAACAUUCCAAAUAUUUUAAGAGACAAGAACAUAGGCACGUGUAGAACGCCCGGCCAAACAGACUGUAUAGCAGCCGGCCAGUACUUCCUGACAAACGGUAGUAUCUACAUGUGGGUGUCGCACUACACUUUUGACUACCCCAGCAAUGUAGAUGCUCGGACUGCAUUCAAGGCAACAAACGUGUACUUGCUGAACACCCAGACGAACAACAGGACAGACUGUAAUGCCACCUAUGUGGAAUACUACCACAACACCGUCAGCUUUACGUGUUACAACGUCGAUGAGCGCCGGGACAAAGUCAGCCUUUGUAUUGAGUACCCUGCUUUUACCAGUGUGUGUGAAAUGGAAGUUUACGCUUGUCCUUAUGGCGCCACGGGACGCUACUGCAAUGAAAAAUGUGAGUGUGCCAGGUGGAACCUCGACGCAAAGGAUUACAAACGCUAUAAUGAGAAAAAUGCACUUCCGCUCCUCAAAAAUCCGGAAUGGGAGACGAUGAACUGCGACAAAUUUGGCCGCUGCAAAUACUUCUGCACAGAUGCUGCAAGCAACAAAAAGUAUUUAUCAGAUUACCAAGACUUCAACAGCCUUGUCACUUGGUACAAAACCUACCAAGGGCCACGACCAGGGGGACCAUUUCGCACAUGUAAAGGAAAAGGAUUCUUAACCACACCUCGAGACGAAGUCCUCGCUGCGAAAUUCCAGAUAAUAGAACCUGACAGAUACGUCAUCAUGGAUUAUAAUUUUUACAGUCCCGACGCUUACCUGAUGACCCACAAAUUUCUAUCGCCUAUGGUCAGCCUAAUCAAUGUCCAAUACGUCACGAGUGACUUUGACUACUUCGGUGUAAAAGAUGUCUCCAAGUACGCACUAGAAACAAGUUACAGCCUCACCUACAAGGUGGGUUUAGAAGACAACAAAUUCAUUCAGCUCGAAUUUAAGUUUUCCAAAGCCAGGGUGAUCGGGCAGAUAUUUGCCAAAUUUCUAAACGCAACAUUGUACGGCUUUCUAGAUAUAUAUUUGGAUGGCAAACUGUGCAUUGCGUGGACAGGCUUUGCGUUCAGGAACGAGACAGAAGUCGUUUUCAGAGAAGAACUAUGUAAAAAGCGUGUUCAAAACCUAACGGUCAUUGUUAUAAGUGGUUACAACACGUAUCUGACAAAUCUUUACGCAUUAGAAUGCAAAGAUGGCUACUUCGGAAACGACUGCCAAAAGAAAUGCAACUGCAAUGGUACUAAUGAAAUAUGUGACAAGGAGACUGGUGAGUGCGAAUCCGGGUGUGCAAAAGGGUUUAGCGGACUUGACUGCUUAAGUAGAUGCCCGGCGGUCUGUCUUGACGAUCUGUGUGACUGGCAGUCAGGGCAGUGCACCACUGGCUGUAAGAAUAACAUGAAGCCGCCAUUUUGUAAUUCGACGGUUUGUGCACAAGGAACUUACGGAGACUUUUGCUUAAACUGUGGACAGUGCUUGAAUGCCACAUCUCAACAAACUUGCAAUGAAACAACGGGCGAAUGUGAAAAAGGCUGCAAAGAGGGCUUUGAAGGAACUACUUGCACCAAGAUGUGUGACGAUUACUGCAGCGAUACAUGCAAAAACUGCUUGGGAGGAGUACACAACUGUGAUCUCCCACACGGCGUAUGCUCUCAGGGAUGUGUUAAUGGUUUAUGGCUUCCACCUGAAUGUCGUAAAAAAAAUUCUAUUCUAUGUCCGGAAGGAACUUACGGAGUAAACUGCACUCGCGAGUGCGGUCGCUGCCUGGAAAGGCCUGGUAGCCCAACUGCAGGGUGUGACGCGGAGAAUGGGUCGUGUGCAAACGCUAACGCUUGCGAAGCUGGCUGGACGGGAGUUAGGUGCCACAAAGCUUGCUCGCCUGGCACCUAUGGAAGUGCGUGUUUAGGAGUUUGCGGAACUUGUUCCAACGGCUCAACGUGCAGCAGCGUGAGCGGACACUGCCCUGCAGGCUGCCCAAAACUGCGUUCGGGAACAGCUUGUCAAACGCCAUGUCCCACGUGCGCAUCGCAGUCUUGCACUGGGUGCCAAGGGUCGUUUAGCCAAUGCCUGUUGCCUGCCGGAACAUGCCUGGCUGGGUGCGCCGCUGGCUGGCUGGGUGCUGAGUGUCGUUACAAGUGUCCCGCUGGAACGCAUGGGGCGAACUGCACCCGAGACUGCGGACACUGCCUGCACAACGGCACGCACGAGCAGACGACGUGUGAUGCCGACACGGGGAAUGUCCACAAGCACAUGUGUGUCAGGACGGCUGGACUGGCAAAAAGUGCGACAAGCAGUGCGCUGCAGGAACAUUUGGAGCCAGGUGCGCGGGCUAUGUGGGAGCUGUGCAAAGGCGGUCAAAUGUGCAGCGCUGCAGACGGCACGUGCGCACAGGGGUGUGCUGCGCGUUAUACUGGAAGGACUGCCGAACGGGGUGCGCAUCAUGCACGGGCGCCUCUUGCAUUCACUGCAAAGGAUCGCACGGCCAGUGUUUGCUGCCGCAAGGAACGUGUCAGAAGGCUGCCUGCCGGCUGGUUUGGAGGAGAGUGCCGGCUUCCUUGUCCGCCGGGAACAUACGGCGUGAACUGCUCUCGCGAGUGCGGUCGCUGCCUGGAAACGCCUGGUAGCCCAACUGCAGGGUGUGACGCGGAGAAUGGGUCGUGUGCAAACGCUAACGCUUGCGAAGCUGGCUGGACGGGAGUUAGGUGCCACAAAGCUUGCUCGCCUGGCACCUAUGGAAGUGCGUGUUUAGGAGUUUGCGGAACUUGUUCCAACGGCUCAACGUGCAGCAGCGUGAGCGGACACUGCCCUGCAGGCUGCCCAAAACUGCGUUCGGGAACAGCUUGUCAAACGCCAUGUCCCACGUGCGCGUCGCAGUCUUGCACUGGGUGCCAAGGGUCGUUUAGCCAAUGCCUGUUGCCUGCCGGAACAUGCCUGGCUGGGUGCGCCGCUGGCUGGCUGGGUGCUGAGUGUCGUUACAAGUGUCCCGCUGGAACGCAUGGGGCGAACUGCACCCGAGACUGCGGACACUGCCUGCACAACGGCACGCACGAGCAGACGACGUGUGAUGCCGACACCGGGGAAUGUCCACAAGCACAUGUGUGUCAGGACGGCUGGACUGGCAAAAAGUGCGACAAGCAGUGCGCUGCAGGAACAUUUGGAGCCAGGUGCGCGGGGCUAUGCGGGAGCUGUGCAAAGGGCGGUCAAAUGUGCAGCGCUGCAGACGGCACGUGCGCACAGGGGUGUGCUGCGCGUUAUACUGGGAAGGACUGCCGAACGGGGUGCGCAUCAUGCACGGGCGCCUCUUGCAUUCACUGCAAAGGAUCGCACGGCCAGUGUUUGCUGCCGCAAGGAACGUGUCAAGAAGGCUGCCUGCCCGGCUGGUUUGGAGGAGAGUGCCGGCUUCCUUGUCCGCCGGGAACAUACGGAGUGAACUGCUCUCGCGAGUGCGGUCGCUGCCUGGAAACGCCUGGUAGCCCAACUGCAGGGUGUGACGCGGAGAAUGGGUCGUGUGCAAACGCUAACGCUUGCGAAGCUGGCUGGACGGGAGUUAGGUGCCACAAAGCUUGCUCGCCUGGCACCUAUGGAAGUGCGUGCUUAGGAGUUUGCGGAACUUGUUCCAACGGCUCAACGUGCAGCAGCGUGAGCGGACACUGCCCUGCAGGCUGCCCAAAACUGCGUUCGGGAACAGCUUGUCAAACGCCAUGUCCCACGUGCGCGUCGCAGUCUUGCACUGGGUGCCAAGGGUCGUUUAGCCAAUGCCUGUUGCCUGCCGGAACAUGCCUGGCUGGGUGCGCCGCUGGCUGGCUGGGUGCUGAGUGUCGUUACAAGUGUCCCGCUGGAACGCAUGGGGCGAACUGCACCCGAGACUGCGGACACUGCCUGCACAACGGCACGCACGAGCAGACGACGUGUGAUGCCGACACCGGGGAAUGUCCACAAGCACAUGUGUGUCAGGACGGCUGGACUGGCAAAAAGUGCGACAAGCAGUGCGCUGCAGGAACAUUUGGUAGUAGAUGUAACUUAACAUGUGGUUACUGUUUGGGAGGAAAUGGUAGCUGUAAUAAUUUUGAUGGUUCCUGUACGUACGGUUGCAUUUCCGGAUACGCUGGAUUAAAAUGUUUAAAUGAGAACAAGUUUAAAAUUACGGACAGUUGCGCUAAAUGUAUUGGUUCUGUUAGAAAUUGUCUUCUGCCAUCGGGGACAUGUAUAGACGGUUGUGAAAAUCAUUGGUAUGGCGACGACUGUCGGCAGACCAAUGUAACAUGUAUGUUUUGUAAAGGAGGAUUAUCUCGCUGUGAUCGUCUUAACCUUAAAUGUAUGGAUGGUUGUCUUCCUGGAUGGAUGAACGACAUUUGCUCCGUCCCAUGUUCUGAAGGUACUUUUGGUCCUAACUGCAAUGAAACGUGUAGCCCAAAUUGUUACUAUGCAUUCAAGUGUCGUAGGACAAACGGUAACUGCAAAUAUGGAUGCGCUGCUGGCUUUCAAGGAUUACAUUGUAACUCGACGUGUGAUCCAGGUUUUUAUGGGUCGGAGUGCAUUAAUCGAUGUGGAUUUUGUGGAAACCGCAGUAUUUGCCAUCACGUCAGUGGUUUUUGUCCUACUGGAGUUGGUUGUCUGGCCGGUUAUCUUGGUGCGAAAUGUAAAACGCUCUGUCCUGUAGGUACAUUCGGUGACAACUGCAGUGUAGCCUGCGGUAGUUGUGAUGGGCAGUGCAACUGGGAAGAUGGGGCAUGUCAGUUUGGAUGCUUACCUGGAUGGAAAGGCAAACAGUGCAAUAAUUCUUGUGAUGCUGGCUCGUUCGGUCGCGAUUGUAGUGAGAAGUGCGGAUAUUGCAAUAACAUGUCUUUGUGCGAUCCUUUGGAUGGGUUUUGUCCCAAAGUGUAUCCCAGGUUUUGUGCCACCUUAUUGCAAAGAGCCAUGUAAGCUUCCGCUUUGUGGCACUCCCUGCCCCCUGGGCAUGUGGGGACUAAACUGCGACAACAAGUGUGGACGCUGCUCUGGCAGAUACUGCAGUAGGAUCAACGGCUCAUGCACUUAUGGAUGUGAGGCUGGAGCUACGGGACCCAACUGUGAGGAAAACUGUACACGCGGUUUUUAUGGUGAGAACUGUGUAGACGAGUGUGGCAGAUGUAACGUAACCAACAGCAGCACCUUUGUCUGCGAUCCGGUGUCUGGAAGAUGCCCAUCGGGCUGCGAAAGUGGAUGGGUGGGUGAAAACUGUCGAGAUGACAUUCUAGUGAAAGAAGGCACCAUCGUGCAUGCGGAAGAUUUAUACAACUUCAGACGUGAUUUUCUCAUCGCAGGCUUUGUGAUCACGUGCAUUUUCUUUGUAUCUGUUAUUGCGUUUAUCCUGUGGAGAUGGUCACAGCCCAAGCCAGAUUUCUUUGACAAAUACGACUUUUAGCUAGGUUGUACGGUAUGAUGUGAAACUAUCGCCGUGAUAACUUGUACUUCAACAAUCGUAGAUUUAUAGGACGGAGUGGACUUCUGGGAAGUUCCUUCUGACGAUAUCAGGUGUAUUGGACCUUUCUUUUCUGCCCAGUGCCUGCACUUUUAAUGUGUAAAGUUAUCGUUUUGUCUAAUUACGUAUUUAGUGCACUAACAUGCAAAUGAACAUUUAGCUUUUGAUAUUGAAACUCUUCGAUUGAUAGUGGUGUGAGGUGUUUAAAAAAUAUAUAAAAGCAUUUUAGCUGUGAUUUUGUUUCUUUGCUUUUCAUGUGUAAUAGUUUUGGUAUUAUAUUAGUUACUUUUUCAGCUUUUCAUUCUUGAACGACGAUUGCUUUGCAAAACUCGCUGAAAAUAGAACACAACGUAUCACGAAAACAUA